GUAGACGCGACCGUUGCCCUCCACGUGACGGCAACAACGGCGCGCCGGCAGGCUCUCCUCUGCGCGUGCGCAUGUGAACGUCGCGCUUCCGCGGAGAUGUCUGGACGGGUGAAGCGGGAGCGGGAUUCCCGCCCGCUGUCGGUGCGGAGCUCGCUGUCCAGCCGCGCCCCGCAAGAGCCAGGCGGGGAGGGCGGCGCGCCUCGAGGCCUGCGGGCGGACGCCGGGCGGGUGAAGCGGGAGCCUGCCGACGAGGAGCCCCGGGUCAAGCAGGAGCCGCUCGACGAGGAGGACGAUAACGAGGAGCCCACCGUUAAAUAUGGUCGAUUCGACCCAGAGGACCGACGGAGCAGGCACUGCCCAUACUUGGACACCAUAAACAAGAGUGUUCUCGACUUUGACUUUGAGAAGCUGUGUUCAAUCUCGCUCUCCCAUAUCAACGUUUAUGCUUGCUUGGUGUGUGGGAAAUAUUUUCAGGGUCGGGGCUUGAAAUCCCAUGCUUACAUUCACAGUGUACAGUUCAGCCAUCACGUCUUCCUCAACCUUCACACCCUGAAGUUCUAUUGUCUGCCAGACAACUAUGAAAUCAUUGAUUCUUCACUUGAGGAUAUCACCUAUGUCCUGAAGCCCACCUUCACCAAGCAACAUAUUUCCAACUUGGAUAAGCAAGCCAAACUCUCUCGAGCCUAUGACGGCACCACGUACCUGCCGGGCAUUGUGGGAUUGAACAACAUCAAAGCAAAUGAUUAUGCUAAUGCGAUUCUCCAGGCCCUAUCUAAUGUCCCACCACUGCGGAAUUAUUUUUUGGAGGAGGAGAACUACAAGAACAUCAAGCGCCCUCCAGGAGACAUCAUGUUUCUGCUGGUUCAGAGAUUUGGAGAGCUCAUGAGGAAACUAUGGAAUCCUCGAAAUUUCAAGGCUCACGUCUCCCCCCAUGAAAUGCUGCAGGCUGUGGUUCUCUGCAGCAAGAAGAACUUCCAGAUCACCAAGCAAGGUGAUGGGGUUGACUUUCUGUCCUGGUUCCUGAAUGCCUUGCAUUCUGCUCUUGGGGGGACAAAGAAGAAGAAAAAGACCAUUAUGACAGACGUUUUCCAGGGCUCCAUGCGGAUAUUCACCAAGAAAUUGCCACACCCUGAUUUGCCAGCAGAGGAGAAGGAGCAGCUGCUCCAGAAUGACGAAUACCAGGAGAAAAUGGUGGAAUCCACUUUCAUGUAUCUAACCCUGGACCUCCCCACGGCUCCCCUGUACAAGGAUGAGAAGGAGCAACUCAUCAUUCCCCAAGUACCGCUUUUCAACAUCCUGGCCAAGUUCAACGGAAUUACAGAGAAGGAAUAUAAAACCUAUAAGGAGAACUUCCUAAAGCGUUUCCAGCUCACCAAGUUGCCUCCUUACCUCAUCUUUUGCAUCAAGAGGUUCACCAAAAACAAUUUCUUUGUGGAGAAGAACCCCACUAUUGUCAACUUCCCCAUAACGAAUGUAGAUCUCCGGGAAUACCUGUCUGAGGAAGUGCAGGCUGUACAUAAGAAUACAACCUAUGAUCUCAUCGCAAACAUCGUGCAUGAUGGGAAACCAACAGAAGGGGCAUACCGGAUACAUGUAUUGCACCAUGGCACAGGCAAGUGGUAUGAGCUGCAAGAUUUGCAGGUGACAGACAUUCUUCCCCAGAUGAUCACCCUCUCUGAGGCUUACAUUCAGAUCUGGAAAAGACGAGAUAGCAAAGAGGAGACCAACCAGCAAGGGGCUUGAAAAGGGAAACGAAGAGCCCCAGAAGGAUGCAGAUGCUAUCACAGCAUUGCCUCUGCUGUGAAAUGGAGACUGGUGUUUGGUGUUCGGUCAGUCAAGCUGGUGUUGUCUUUUAGAAGCCUCUCUCUUCCUGUUGCUGGCUCUGUUCAUUAAGCAGCGCAGCAGGGAAUGGAUUCCUUGGUGCCACCUGGCAGCUCAGUCCUGGCUAUGUUCUCAUUGGAGAAGAACUAGCAAGAAGACAGGGCAAGAGUGUAUUUUCUCGACUUCUUUGGGCACAGCUAACUCUGCAUCCCAUUUCACUGUCCAGCAAGUCUACCUAGUGCUGCAAUCAAUUUCAGGGGGCGACAGGAGGCCUUUCCCUUGUGUGUUGUUUAAGGCUACUACUUCUGAGUCCUGUGUGCAUUAAAUGUGUAUACUUGGUUUUCUAAUAUGGUAUGUCUUUUCUCCAGAGCAAACCCUUUUGCUGAAAACUGGACUAGCAUUCAGCAGAAAUGGUCACCUGAUGAGGAAGUGCAGUGGUGGCUAAAGUGAGUGUUGCUGAAGGGUGAAAGGGGCCACGUCCUCUUACUAAUUUCAUUUGCAUCAAUGACAUCCCUAGGCCAUAUGCACUCUCUGUAGUUGUUAUUAAUUUCCACCCCUUCCCUCCUUUGCCACAAUAGCUUCCCCCUAAUGUAGUGAAGCAGGAUUAUGAUGGCAAGUGGAGAAUGAACACCCUGUCAUUCCUCCUCUUUCACCACCAUCCCAGUCAGGUGCCAUUUCCACGUGGAGAACCACCAGAAAUCCCUUUGGUGGCCGCUUAUGGCCUGCAGGCCACAGUUUAGCCACAUGAGUUGGAAAGUAGCACUUAACUUGGACACUGUUUUUGCUAAUACCGUAGUUAUAACUUUUCAUACAAGAAUUCUAACCAUCAAGUGGCAUCUCAGAACUUGUGUCUCAUUGAGGUAUUGCUAACAACAAAUGUUUGAAUUGAUGAUGCUUGAAAACUGGAGCAUGGUCUUCUGGUUCCCUUUGCUGCAGCACCUUCAUGCUCAGGCACAUAUGAAAUUAGACCAAGAGUUUGACCAUAGUAUCCUCCUGGACCAACUGCUGAGGAUGGCUAUUGGAGGCACUUUUGCAGUGGCUUUGUUCCUACCUGUGUGGUUUGAAUCCCAAGAGUAGUAUGGGGAGGGGGGUUCAGCUCCCUGGCACUUGUGCUGUAGAGUUCCACAACACUUGGUCCCCAGUGUUAUUUAAUAUCUACAUAGAGCUAUUGAGAGCAGGAGUUUUGGAGCUUCUUUGGGAGGAAGGGUGGGAUAUACCUUUCAUUAAUAACACUGAUACUGAGUCCUGAAGCACAUGCAGCUCUAUUUCUCCAUAAUAUCUGAAUCAGGAGAGACGAAUGAAUGGACUGAAUGAGGGCCAAUAAACUAAGUUUGGAUCCAGGGAAGAUGGAGGCUCUGUGGAUAGGAGGUUCAUGUGUCUGUUCCGUUGAGGGUUGCAGGUCCAUGGGUUGGGGUGGUACUCCUGGAUUACAUCCAUGUCAUUAGAGGCCCAAGCGACCACUGUGCCUAGGAGCAACUUUUGCCAACUGGCUAUUUCUGAACUGGGGUAGCCUGGCCUCUGCAUUCCAUGCAUUAGGGACCUCAGGACUGGAUUAUUGCAAUGCACUGCAUGAGAGUCUGCCCAUAGGCUCAAUCCCAAAUCUCCAGAAUGCAAUGGCUAGACUACCGAUGGGGGCAAAUGGCUGCUAGCAUAUAACACCUCUGUUAAAACAUGUACACUGGCUGCUCAUCUGCUGGGCCAAGUAUCAAGGUUCCUGCAUUAAUAUACAAAUCCCUGAAUACCUUGAGUCAGGGAUACCUUAAGGAUUGCCUGAGCCCUUACAUCCCAGCUCAAUCACUGAGGUCAUCCAGAGGAACACUGUUAGUUGUCCCCUGUAUUACAGAGGCCCAGCAGGUCUCAACUAGAAGUUGGGCAUUUAGUGUCAUCACACCCAUGCUGCGGAAGAGCCUUCCAACAGAAAUUAGGUUGGUAUCCUUGCCUUCUGAAGUCUCUUGAAGAAUUUUUAAAAUGUCAACAGGCCUGUUCAUCAGUUUACGCUUUUCAGGUGCACCUGUCUUUUUCAUGAUCAUUUGGAAUGGUUUUAACAGCAUUUUCUUUCUCUUGUAAAUUUUGUUCCAUGCUGCCCUCCUAUGAGACUAUAAAUAUUUUUAUAAAUAAAACCAAACGCAAAUUGGGGGAAGAGGCAUAGCUGUAAUAGUUGAGAGUAUGAGAGCCUCAUGGUUUUCCUCAUCCCCUGCCACAAUGUCAUCAGGAAGUGGUUCGUGAGGCAGGGCUGUGUAACCCUCCCCUAUUCGCUGUAUGCUGCUGGCUCCCCGUUCUUUGGCUACAGCCACACAUGAUUCUGGCAGUGCUGCACAGCCUAGAAGGGAGAGAAGAGAGAAAUUAGAUCCAAACCCAAAAGAGGCAAGGCAGACAUUCUGUAGUGGAUGAAGGUACAGAAGCUACCUGGGAACUUCAGGGUCUCUGCAGUUUCUGUGUUGGGGGCAUGUGAAGGCUCUGGUUUAACAGCUCAAAGUGGAAUUGUGGGAAAUGGUUGCAUUUAUAGACUGCAAGUGCCGCAAAAGCCCAAUCUUAUUACACCCUUUCACCAGCACCUCCUGUGCCAAUUCCACGCAAUAUAUACUGUAAUGAGAGUGGCUUCCAUGGGAUUCCAAGCUGUUGGUAGCGAUUGACAGACGGAAACUUUUGAAACAUUGCAGCUAGCUUUGUUUUUCUGUGCUGGGAGGGGUGUUUCACAUGCCUACUAAUAAACAGAAAAACACUAAAACAUCACACAAUGGUUUUAUAUCCAUCUAUCUAUCUCACAGAUGCGAAGAAGAAUGAUGACUUUUAUUUUUACAAUAUGCCUAAAGACUUCACCCCCAAAUGCCUUUGUCAAUUGGUUUUUACCUUGUUUCUUAGGGCUUGUCCGCACUUGCACUUGUCCCCUUGCCUAGAAAGCAUGGGUCCAAGUGGCUUUCCACUUGCCCCACCACUUUCUCCAGGAAAGCCUGCUCUUUAGUGCUGAAUUGGAACAAAUGUUAA